AUGCCGCGCUCCUUCCUGGUGGACUCGCUGGUGCUGCGGGAGGCGGGCGAGAAGAAGGGGGAGGGCAGUCCUCCGCCGCCGCUCUUCCCCUACGCCGUGCACCCCUCGCACCCGCUGCCCGGGCUGCCGGCCGGAGCCUGCCACGCUCGCAAGGCCGGGCUGCUCUGCGUCUGCCCGCUCUGUGUCACCGCCUCCCAGCUGCACCCGCCGCCGCCCGCCAUCCCCCUCAUCAAGGCUUCCUUCCCUCCCUUCGGCUCCCAGUACUGCCACUCGCCCCUGGCCCGCCAGCAGCACUCCGUCUCCGCCGUCAGCGUCGGGCACGCACCGGCGCUCUACCAGGGCGCCUACCCGCUGCCCGACCCGCGGCAGUUCCACUGCAUCUCCGUGGACAGCACGUCCAGCCAGCUGCCCAGCAGCAAGCGGAUGCGCACCGCAUUCACCAGCACGCAGCUCCUGGAGCUGGAGAGGGAGUUCGCCUCCAACAUGUACCUCUCCCGACUGCGGCGAAUCGAGAUCGCCACCUACCUGAACCUCUCCGAGAAACAGGUGAAGAUCUGGUUCCAGAACCGACGGGUCAAGCACAAGAAAGAAGGCAAAAGUAGCUCCCACCGGGGCGGGGGGGGCGGCCACAGCUGCAAAUGCUCGUCCCUUUCCACCACUAAGUGCUCGGAGGACGACGAGGACUUGCGCAUGUCUCCGUCCUCCUCGGGGAAGGACGACAGAGGUCUCGCAGUCACCCCCUAA